CGCCUCCUCCGCUCAGCGACGCCAUUUCCGCGCGGACGUCACGGUGCCAGUGACGGCGCUCUGCGGGGGGGGAGCGUGCUGGAGGAAGGAGACAAACAGCCCGGAUCGGCCCGGCCGCCCGCGCCGGCGGCGGAGACCUAAGGCGGUGGGGAGGGGUGCCCGCCGGACCCUGUCCCCUUCAUCCGCUCCGCGCACCGUUCUGCUGCGCAGCGUGUCUGCGGCUGCCCCUCGCACUCGCGGGCCGCCAAGAAGAUGGCGGCGAGGGUGUCCGAGUGAGGAUGGAGCUACCUGUCAGCCCCUCUUCGCCCUGAGGGGAGGCAGUGCCGCCCUGCCGGCGGUGCGAGGGGCGGCAGGGAGCCCUUGCGGUAGCCCGCGCUGAGGGGCAAGGCUGGGCCCGGCGGCUCCUGCUCGCUUCCCUCUCUCCGCCCGCUGGAGGGGGCAGCCUCGGCUCCGUCUCGCACCCGGUCUCGCCGCCCGUCCCGGACCCCGUCCCAGACCCCGUCCUGCCGCCUGACCCCGGGGCCCCCGGCGCGCAAGCCGCCAUGCCGUGGCCUUUUUCAGAGUCCAUCAAGAAGAGGGCCUGCAGGUACCUGCUGCAGAGGUACCUGGGCCACUUUUUGCAGGAGAAGCUCAGCUUGGAGCAGCUCAGCCUGGAUCUCUACCAGGGCACCGGCUCCUUGACGCAGGUCCCUCUGGAUAAGUGGUGUCUUAAUGAGAUCCUGGAGUCUGCAGAUGCACCUCUGGAAGUCACAGAUGGAUUCAUCCAAUCAAUUUCUUUAUCUGUUCCGUGGGGGUCGUUGCUACAAGAUAACUGUGCGUUAGAAGUUAAAGGAUUAGAGAUGGUGUUCAGGCCAAGACCAAGGCUUGCAUCUGGAUCUGAGCCCAUGUAUUGGUCAAGUUUUAUGACCAGUAGUAUGCAGCUUGCAAAAGAGUGUCUUAGCCAAAAAUUGACAGAUGAACAAGGAGAAGGGUCCCAGCCUUUUGAAGGACUUGAGAAAUUUGCAGAAACUAUUGAAACAGUUCUAAGGAGAGUGAAAGUUACCUUUUUAGACACUGUUUUGCGGAUAGAACAUGUGCCGGAAAACUCCAAAAGUGGAACUGCACUUGAAAUCAGAAUUGAAAGAACUCUGUACUGUGAUGAAACUGCAGAUGAGUGCUCUGGAAUCAAUGUCCAUCAGCCCACAGCUUUCGCUCACAAGUUACUGCAGCUCUCAGGUGUCUCUUUCUUCUGGGAUGAGUUUCCUGCAUCAACAAAGUCCUCCCCAGUUUGUUCAGCUACACAGCUGGCAAGUGAACCAAAGCUUUCACCUAGCUGGAAUCCAAAAAUCAUUUAUGAGCCACAUCCACAAUUAACAAGAAACUUGCCAGAAGUUACUCCUUCUGACCCUGUACAGAUCAGCAAGCUGAUUGGUAGAAUGGAGUUGAGUCUAACACUAAAGCAAAAUGAAGUUAUUCCUGGAGCUAAGUUGGAUGUGGAUGGACAAAUAGACUCCGUACAUCUAUUUCUGUCUCCAAGACAGGUGCAUCUUCUAUUGGACAUGAUAGCAGCUAUUGCUGGACCAGAGAGCCUAAGCAGAAUUGAAUUGUCAAAUAAAGAUAGGAAGAACCGACCAAUGCAACAGGAAGAUGAGUAUCGGAUUCAGAUGGAGUUGAAACGUUACUUAAGGAAAGAGUCUUUAUCUGCAGGAGCAUCAUCUGAACAAAGCUUCUAUGAGACAGAGAGUGCCAGAACACCUUCUAGUCGUGAAGAAGAAGUUUUCUUCUCAAUGGCUGAAAUGGACAUGUCUCACAGCCUUUCCUCCCUUCCACCUCUUGGAGACCCUCCGACUAUGGAUCUAGACUUGUCUUUAACCAGCACAUACACAACUACACCAGCAGGAUCUCCACUGAGCACUACAGUGCUUCAAUCAACUUGGGGUGAUUUUCUUGAUCGUAACAAACAAGAACUACAACCUCCAAGGGGUUCUUCACUUGCAGCCAACAUGGUUCACCAGGCUACCUUAAGAAGGACAUCUAUUCCAUCCAGAUCUGUGUCUGUGGAUGAAUCCAGACCUGAGCUUCUUUUUAGACUGGCAGUUGGAACUUUCUCAGUGUCUGUACUUCAUAUUGACCCUUUGCCCCCACCUGAAAGUUCACUGAACAUUAACCCAUUGACACCAAUGGCUCGGGAUUUCUUUACCCGAAUAGAAAAGAUUGAGCCAGUUAAGUUUUCAACAGAAGAUUUUCUGUCCUUCCGAGAAGUAUUUGCAGAAGCUUGUUCUCAUGAUCACCUUAGAUUUAUAGGUACUGGCAUCAAAGUGUCUUAUGAACAAAGACAAAGAACUGCCUCUCGAAGUUUUAGUACUGAUUUAUCCAUUGGGAACAUGGAGUUCCUAGAAUGCCUUUUCUCUACUGACUCUCAUUCCAUUCAGCCUCACUAUACAGAGCUGCUGACAUUUCGUUCUGAAGAAAGAACUGAUUCUCAUGCCAUGCCAUGCCUUCAGCUUCAUUGUAAGCAUUCAGAUAACAGAGGACCUCAGGGUACUCAAGGAAGACUGAGUUCUGUUCCACAUAAAGCAGAGUUACAAAUAAAAUUAAGUCCGGUGUUUUGUGAGCUGGAUAUUAGUAUUGUAGACAGAUUAAAUUCACUACUUCAACCACAGAAAUUAACUACGGUGGAGAUGAUGGCAUCUCACAUGUACGCUUCUUGCAACAAGCACAUAAGUCUGCAUAAAGCAUUUGCUGAAGUUUUUCUGGAUGAGUCUCAUACUCCUGCAAACUGUAGAGUUUCAGUUCAGGUCACGGCCCCAGCAUUAAAUCUCUCUGUUCGGUUCCCAAUUCCCGACCUUCGGUCAGAUCAGGAAAGAGGACCAUGGUUUAAGAAGUCACUUCAGAAGGAGAUUCUUCAUCUUGAAUUUACAGAUACAGAAUUUAAAACUGAAUUUAUAGGAGGGUCUACUCCAGAGCAACUUAAAUUAGAACUUACUUUUAAAGAGCUAACUGGUUCAUUUGAAGAAGAUAACACAGAAGCACCAAUAAAAUUUUUCCAGGUGUCUGGUGGUGUAGAUGGAGAUAUAACAUCUUCAUCAGACAAUUUUGACUGGCCUCGGAUUGUAUUGAAAAUAAACCCUCUGGCUGUGCACUCUAUUCUGGAGAGGAUAGCAGCUGAGGAGGAAGAAGGUGACAAUAACUUCCAAGAGGAAGAAGAAGGAGGGUCUCAUUCUCUGAAGGAUGUCUGUGAUAUUAGAAGACCAGAGCCUUCUCCUUUUUCUUCUCGUAGGGUCAUGUUUGAAAAUGAAGAGAUGGUGAUGCCAGGAGAUGUAGUUGAAAUGACCGAGUUUCAGGAUAAAACAAUUAGCAAUUCUCAUUAUGUACUGGAACUCAUGUUACCAAACAUUCACUUAACAUUACCAAGCAAAAACUUUUAUGAAAAACUUUACAAUAGGAUCAGCAACGAUUUAUUGUUGUGGGAACCCACAGCUCCAUCUCCAGUAGAAACGUUUGAAAACCUUUCUUAUGGUGUCGGACUAUCUGUGGCCAGCCAGCUCAUCAACACUUUCAGUAAAGACAGCUUUAGUCAAUUUAAAUCUGCAGUUCAUUAUGAUGACGAGAGUGGAUCUGAGGAAGAAACACUACAGUAUUAUUCCACUGUUGAUCCAAACUAUCGUUCACGCAGAAGGAAAAAGCUUGACUCCCAGAAUAAGAACUCACAAAGCUUUCUGUCUGUUCUGCUAAAUGUAACACAUGGAUUAGUGUCAAUAUUCACGGAUGUGAAGGAUGAUGGAAAUACACUGGAAGGAAAAUAUGGUGAAUUCUGGUUUGAGUUCAACGGUGGUUCACUUUUCAGUGUGACUAAAUAUGAAGGUUUUGAGGAUAGACACUAUGUUUGUCUCCAUUCCAGCAGCCUCAAUUUAUAUCAUCAAGGUAUGGUAGAUGGAAUCGUCCCUUCCUCUGAAGUACGACUACCCAGCACAAUACGUCCCCAUUGGUUAGAACCUACAAUUUGUUUUUCUGAAGAAGAUGGUCUUACAAGGACUACUUCAGAUGGUGUAGGAGUGGAUUGUCCAAGUAUGCUUACCGUGGCAGUCAAAAUCCAAUCAGAUAAAAUAGAGAGUAAUACAAAGGAAUUUCUAGUUGCUGUUGGACUAAGAGGAGCCACUCUUCAGCACAGAGUUCUGCCUUCAGGUUUAAGCUGGCAUGAACAGAUUUUAUAUUUUUUGAAUAUUUCUGAUGAGCCUGUCCUGGGAUAUAAUCCUCCAGCUACAAUUACAACUUUUCAUGUACAUCUGUGGAGCUGUGCUCUUGAUUACAGGCCCUUGUUUUUGCCAGUCAGAUCUCUACUUACUGUUGAAACUUUCAGCAUUUCCAGCAGUGUUGCUGUUGAUAAAUCUUCUUCUACUCUCAGGAUAAUUUUAGAUGAAGCUGCUUUACAUCUAUCUGACAAGUGCAACACUGUUGUGGUGAAUCUUCAUAGAGAUUAUGUUCGUGUUAUGGAUAUGGGACUGCUGGAACUAACCAUUACAGCAGUAAAAUCUGAUUCUGAUGAGGAAAGAGCUAAGCCACGUUUUGAACUGCACUGUUCCAGUGAUGUAAUUCAUAUUCGUACCUGCUCCGAUUCAUGUGCUGCACUAAUGAAUCUCAUACAAUACAUUGCAAGUUAUGGUGAUUUACAUCCACCCGCUAAGACAGAGAUGAAACGUGGAGUUAGCAAGCCAAAAAUGAAGGUAGAGACCUUUAGCCAACCAUCUUCCCAUGGAGCUGUCCUUGCAGAAUCAGAGCAGCAGAUUUUACGGGAUUUGAUGAGUGAUGCAAUGGAGGAAAUAGAGAUUCAACAGACUGCUUCUGCCAUGAAGCCAGAGUCUAAUGGGGUUUUAGAUGACAGAUCUCAAACUCAGGAGCCAUCUUGCUCAGAUCUUUUCCUGUUUCCAGACGAAAGUGGAAAUGUGUCACAAGAUUCAAGUCCCACUUAUGCUUCAUUCACUCAUCACAUGAUAAAUGAGGCAAUGGGAGAUGUUCCUGCAGAAAGUGAUGAUUUCUGCAUUCUCUUUGCACCCAAAGUUGCUGUUGCUGAAAAAGAGGAAGAGCCAGUAAUAAAAAUACUGGUUGAUGAUGCAAUUAUCAUAAAGGAAAAUCAUUUCAGCCAACCUAUAAAAAAAACAGAUACAAGCAAAGCUCCUCUUCAUUUUCCUGUCCCUCUGGUACGCUAUGUUGUAAAGGAAAUCUCUCUUAUUUGGCAUCUUUAUGGUGGAAGGGAUUUUGGGACUGCACCACCAACAUCUCCAGCUAAAAGUUUCAUAAGUCCCCAUAGUUCUCCUUCACAUACACCAACGAGGCAUGGGCGGAGUACAGUAUGUGGGGGACGGGGAAGAAACCCCGAUUUCCUAAUGGAAAUACAGUUGAGCAAGGUGAAAUUCCAGCAUGAGGUAUAUCCUCCAGGUGGUGCAGAAGGUGAAUGUAGUCUGGUGGAGCAGCCAGUGUCACGACAGGUUUUUAUUGUUCAAGACCUGGAGAUCAGAGAUCGCUUAGCUACGUCACAGAUGAAUAAAUUUCUCUAUCUGUACUGCAGUAAGGAGAUGCCCAGAAAGGCCCAUUCAAACAUGUUAACAGUUAAGGCUUUGCAUGUCCGUCCAGAGUCUGGCAGAUCCCCACAGGAAUGUUGUUUACGUGUUUCACUAAUGCCUCUUCGCCUCAAUAUUGACCAGGAUGCCUUGUUUUUCCUGAAGGACUUUUUCACUAGCCUCUCCACAGAAGUAGAACUCUUAGUUACUCCAGAUCCUGAAGUUAAAAAGUCUCCUGGUGCUGAAGUUACGUGUAGUUUGCCCAGGCAUGUCAGUGGCCUUAAGGAGCCAAGUCCAGUUAUUUCUUUCUCAUCACAAAAGCAAACAAGUGAAAAUGGUAGUGUGGAUUCUAUGGAUGCAGUUAAUGGAGAUGAUCGUAAUUUCUCACAAGAAGUGACAUCGUACAGUGAUCAGCCAGUAUUUUUCAGAGAAUUUCGGUUUACAUCAGAAGUUCCAAUACGGCUCGAUUACCAUGGCAAGCAUGUUUCAAUGGAUCAGGGGACACUAGCUGGGAUUCUUAUUGGGCUUGCUCAGUUAAACUGCUCAGAAUUAAAGCUGAAGAGACUUUGUUACAGACAUGGUUUAUUAGGUGUGGAUAAAUUGUUUUCCUAUGCCAUCAGUGAAUGGCUUAAUGAUAUCAAGAAAAACCAGCUACCAGGAAUUUUGGGAGGAGUAGGACCUAUGCAUUCGCUCGUUCAGUUAGUCCAAGGUCUGAAAGACUUGGUGUGGUUGCCAAUAGAGCAGUACCGAAAGGAUGGCCGUAUUGUAAGGGGCUUUCAGAGAGGAGCAGCCUCUUUUGGUACUUCAACUGCAAUGGCAGCACUGGAGCUAACAAACCGAAUGGUUCAGACUAUACAGGCAGCUGCAGAAACAGCUUAUGACAUGGUAUCACCAGGGCCUACUUUCAUUGAAGCAAAAAAGAUCAAACGAUUCCCCCGUCAUCGUUUAGCUCAUCAGCCAGUGGACCUACGAGAAGGCGUAGCCAAAGCAUACAGUGUAGUAAAAGAGGGGAUUACUGACACAGCCCAAACCAUCUAUGAGACUGCUGCUCGUGAGCAUGAAAACAGAGGAGUAACUGGAGCAGUAGGAGGAGUCCUCCGCCAAAUUCCACCAACUGUGGUGAAGCCUUUCAUUGUUGCAACAGAGGCAACCUCAAAUGUUUUAGGUGGGAUGAGAAACCAGAUCAGGCCAGAUGUGCGUCAAGAAGAGUCUCAGAAGUGGCGCCUUGGGGAGGAUUGAGAUUACAAAUCUGUCCCAGCAGGCAGGUAACAAGGCUGGAAAUACAGCUUUAGAUGGAGCUCACCCUGUUUUGUCAUGCUCAUCUCAGGAACAAAUGAGGUUUUCAACUAUUGAUAACAAAAUACACCCAACCAAAAUUACUUAUGAAAUGAAAUGCUAAUUGGUACUUGCUAAUACUGUGUGUUACCAAUGCAUUUGGUUGAUAGUGCCAAACCUAACGAAGCAUGCGCUGCCACCUCGAGACAUGCUUGCUCUGUCCUGUUUACCAUAUUUUUCUUGGUAGAUUUAUCAUCUGAAGCAGUAGCCUGUAUGGUGAAACUAAGUACACUUUAAAGAUGCUUUCUGAGCAUAGUCAACUGCCUUCGGGAGAGGGUUCUGCAGAUGCUCUCCACUGACUAAAGGAUAAAAACUUUAAUUUUGGACAUGAGACCUGAAAGCUAUGUAAUAUGGAAGAAGAUAAGAUAAUAUCAUUUAGUGGUCAUAAGCGUUGCUUUUGAUGUGGCACUUACAGCCAGGGCAAGCUUGAUAACCAUUCAGAAUUCAGAUUCAGUGUUGAUAAACCUAUAAACAGGAUUUGUUCCUAAAUAUUAAAUACCUACAUUUGUGGGUCAUUGAAGAACCUGAAUGUUGCAGAUAUGUUCUGUUGUGUUGCACUUUAAAGGUUAUGGCCUGUAUAUUGUGCUUUUUUUAUAGUGUGAAUAAAAUGUAAUGUGCAUUAUCCUUUAUGUGGUUUAGAAGCUUACACAAAUUAUUGAAAAGAGCAUCAUUUGAUAAUGAUCCUACAGAAGUGUCUUAAAUUUCUUUACUCAUUAUAUGUAAAAACACUUUCGUCUUCUGUUAUACUAAGUACAAUGCUAAAGUAACUGUUCUUCAGAAAAACAGCAGUUAAAUAUUACUGUGGUGAAAAGUUGUUUGUAAGAAUGAGAAACCCUAACUAAAGUAAAAACAAAUUAUUUCAUAAUCUUAUAGUUAAAAUUCUAGUCUAAAGACUUUAUUUUAAUAAUCUGCUUAUGUUUAAAGCUUGUAUUGUUGCACAGUUGCUGCUUUCACAUGAUAUUUUUAAUUUAAAGUGUACAUCAUAAGCUGUUUGACAAUGAGUAUUUGGGGUCAGUUAAUUUGAACUGGGGAUGGGUGAGAGGAUAAAAAAAAAAA